AUGGCGGCGGCGGGGAGGGGGGACAGUAGUUUUAAAGUAGACACCCGCCCUUGCCUCAGAGAAGGUACAACCUGGAAUGAACAGGAAAAGGCUGAACUUUUUACAGAUAACUUUUGUAAUGUAUGCGGAGUGGUGCUACAGUUUGAAUCACAAAGGAUUUCACAUUAUGAGAGUGAAAAACAUGCUCAAAAUGUUAGGUUCUAUUUUCAUAUGUAUGGAGAACAAAAUGAAAUUCCUAGUAACAAAAUGAAGAUGGAUGUUAGAAGUUUCCAGGUGCAUAAGAAUGAAGUAGUAGACAGAAACAAAUUUUGUGAUCUCUGCAACAUGAUUUUUAGCUCUCCAGUUGUUGCUCAGUCUCACUAUGUGGGGAAAGUCCAUGCUAAAAAAUUGAAGCAAUUAAUGGAGGAGCAUGAUCAGGUAUCUCCAUCAGGAUUUCAGCCAGAGAUGGGUGUGCCUGUUACUGCUUCUGCAGAGUCAACUUUUCUGAAGCCCCUUGCAGUCAAGCCUCCUCCAGGUGGGAUUAAAGACAAGACUAUGCCUUCCUCUUCCAGCACUGUUUUGGAUUUGAAUAAUCCAAACAAGUAUUGCAAGCUCUGCCCUGCUUCCUUUAAUAGUCCAUUAAUGGCCCAACAACAUUAUGUUGGGAAAAAACACAAAAGAAAUGAAGCUAGAAAGAAGUUUGUAGACAAGAUAAGAGAGAAACCUCUUCUAGCAAAAUCAGAUGCAAAUGCAUCUAAUACAAGAACCUACAUCUGUCAUAUUUGUAAUAUCACCUUUACAUCAUUAGAAAUAUUCCGGUCCCAUAUGCAAGGAAGUGAACAUCAAAUUAAAGAAUCCAUUAUUGUCAAUCUAGUGAAGAAUUCAAAGAAAACACAAGACUCUUUCCAAGAUGAAAGUGCAGAUUACAUCAAAGAGCAGAAAGUUAGAGAACCAGAGCCCAAGACUUGUUUCAGAAAGGUGGAAGAGAGUUCUUUGGAAACCCAUGGGUACAGAAAAGUGGCUGAUUCACGAUCCAGACAUAGACUAUAUGAACAAAGACACCCACGGGAGACUUUCCAGACAUAUCCAGAAUCAUACAAAAUUUCGCAAACAGUGGAAAACCAGUUACCUCAUUACUUACCAGCUUAUUCAAAGAAGACAUAUGACUCUUUCCAAGAUGAACUGGAAGAUUAUAUCAAAGUGCAGAAAGCCAGAGGAUUACAUCCGAAGACUUGUUUCAGAAAGAUAAGAGAAAACUCUAUGGAAACUCAAGAGUACAAAGAAGUUGAUUCUGGACCCAAACAAAGAAUGUAUGAGCAAAGAUUUUCAGUUCACACUUCCCAUACCUACCAACGACCAUACAGUAUUUCACCAGUGGAAAGCCAGUUACACCAUUGGUUACCAGCUUAUUCAAAGAGGACAUAUGAUUCUUUCCAAGAUGAACUUGAAGAUUACAUAAAAGUGCAGAAAGCCAGAGGACUACAUCCAAAAACUUGUUUCAGAAAGAUAAGUGAUAGCUCUACGGAAACCCUUAAGUACAGAGAAAUGGUUGAUUCGAGACCCAGACAUAGAAUGUCUGAGCAAAGACUCCCAUUUGAGACUUUCCAGACCUACCCAGAAUCAUACAAUAUUUCACAAGCAGUGGAAAAUCAGUUACCUCAAUUCUUACCAGCUCAUGACAGCAAACAGAAACUAGACUCUAUGGCCUAUUGUCAACUCACCAGAGACUAUUUUCCAGAAAAACCAGUACCCCUAAGCCUUAGUCAGCAAGGAAAUAACUCUGGCUUAUACAGUGUAGAAUCUGAAGUUUACAAGCACCUCUCCUCAGAAAACAAUACCAGUGAUCCUCAAGCGGGUCAUAAACGGAGACAUCAGAAGAGAAGAAGGCACCUGGAGGAAGGUGAACAAAAGCCAGAGAAAGAGCAGUCCAGGCAUAAAAAGAAAAAAAGUGAUGGGGAUAUGGAUCUAGACAAGGACAAGAGCAUCCAACAAAAGAAAAGAGAAGGAGAUAAAGUCAGUGUCAGUUCAGGAAAGCUUAAGCACCGAAAAAAGAAAAAAAGCCAUGGUAUACCCUCUACAAAAGAAGAACGUAAGCACAGGAAAGAGAAAAAGAAAUCUGUAGAAGAAAAGACAGAGGAGGAAAUGCUUUGGGAUGAGUCUAUUCUUGGAUUUUGAACUAUUAGUUUUAUUUAUCCAAAGAUACAUUGAA